CGCUUGAACUGGAACUUUUCCAACUGCGCGUUAUAGUUUAACUCGCGCGCCAGAAAUCUCCCCAGACAUGUAUAUGGCCUAGGCCAGACCUGCGUGUAGCUCUGACUUUCACUUACUGCAGGAUGAUGCGACAAUGAUUAGGUUCAAAAUUAUGGGCAACCUAUGGCCAAGGCCCAGGCGGCCCCAGGGCGGUCUUCUCAGUGCAAGUCGUCAAAGCGCAUAGUUUGCAUUGACGCAAGAGCCGUCCAAGCAUGCGUCCAAGCGUUUACCCUUGAUGUCGUGAGGGACCAAAGCAUUGGUCUAUUUGCAAUAUUUAAGGCGUCCAGACUGCGCGAUAUUGGAUUCAGUACCACAGAAAACACUAAAUCACCCAUUGCUCUCCAUACCCAGUAUUCCACUCAUAUCUGAUCCUGGAGAUGUCGUCCUUCUUACCUACAGAUCCUUCUGCCCCCAGCUUGUCGUCGUUAUCCCCUGACAUGGAUGGAGUGCUUACCGGUGUCCGGGAUAUCAUGGACAUCUCUCUAGCACAGGAGGCAAAGCUCCUAGACAUCCUUCUUAUGCUGUCCGCUCAAGGCGAGAAAACCGAGGAAAGGGAUCAAUUGAUCAACACAAUGCAGUCGAAACUAGACGCACAGCGAGCCAUCAUAGAGGAGAUUCGUUCGGAACAGCAACAACUAGCAUCAUCUCUCGCAUCCUUCUUGGAAAGCCACGCGAAAGAUGCGAAAGAUACCUCAGCAGUACCUUCCUCGCCUAUCAUUUUGGAAACACCAGGGCCCGUGACACCUGCUGCGAACCCAGAAAGAUCGUCAAGCGUUUUCUCAGUGCCAGGGUUGCCUUCCUACCAGACAACUCCCAUACGCGCAUUUCACCCCUCAUCAUACAGGAGCAACAUUUCUAUUGCGCACGCCAAUUCCACUGAUGAUGACCAAUGGAAGGCUCCGAUCAGAACACAGCGGGGUAGCCGACUCCGGCGCCACGGUGCUUUCUAUGGUACUCCCAACCCAUCCCCCCCAGCGAGUCCUCAGAUCCAAGAAGACAUCUCUACAGCGAUGAAUUCUCCCGCAGAUGUACACACACCGAUGGAAGAGACAGAUACUGCUGCUGACGCCGUAAAGGCUGCAGUAAGCAACGAAGGCGAUAGGGCCUCUUCCCGUAAGUCCUGCAAGCGUUGCCGUGAUUCCGACGAGCAAGAUGGCAGGACCGCAAAUCGUAUGGACAUAUCUAGUAUCGUUCAUACUGCGCCCGAUGGGUCUUCUCCCUCCGUUUCGUUCUCUUUCUGUUCCACUGGACAUAGUUCUGCUCGGGGCGGAGGCUCUGCCCGUGAUGGGCCCUCGAAGCGCAGACGCGUAUCUCAGGAUACUGUUGAUUCUGAUGCAGUUUCCGACACGAAACGCCCAAUCCGUAGAAGUCUGCGCCAUGCGAUGCCCCGUUAAUGCCGUCUUUUUUUCUAUUUAAAUAUUACCUCUUGUGUACCAUAUAUACCUUACUAGUUCCGCCA